AUGAUGCAAAGUGCGGCUGUUCUACCAACAGAGAGUCCUGUGAAGGGUGUCCCGGAGAUACUCGGAGUGCCAAUGCAACGUAAGGCUUUUCCACUUCCUUUUCUAUAUUGAUUAUAUCAUACAGAAAUUGGCAGGCGAGCUCUGAAAUGCUGCAGGGCACUGCUGUAGAAAAAUAUGUAGCGUUUAAUUAAACUGGGUUGAGGGACAGAAAAGCCAGGCUAAAGAAGGCAGCGAUGUUAUUCUACUGGAUCAUAUGUAUUCAUAUUAUUCAACUUACUCACAUUACUUGUGUUUCAUAUUGUUAUUUGAAGUGAGGGUGUUAUGAAGUGAGGGUGUUAUGAAGUGAGGGUGUUAUGCAUUUCAUUUCUAUCUUCUGGUCCUCGUGGAAUUUUGUGGAAUGCUGUAUGGAUAGAGAUUCUUUAUCACAUGUGGUCUAUGUCUUGUUUAAAGUGUGCAUUUGUACUGCUCACAGUGUUGUGUUUCCAACCUCCAGCCUUAUGCACGAGUUGUACAUGCUGGUUUUACACUAUUAGAACCCAUGUGCAUAUAUAGGCCUAGGUUGUGACGUGUGUAUAAUAGUAUAAUACUCAUCAAGACAUAAACCCUUUAAGUUUGUACUUUUUUAUUUAUCAUACAGGAAUAUUCAUAUUCUCUACCUCGAGCGCAUUUUCUUAUUCUAUUCCCUCGAGCUGUAUGAUAAGUUUGCUUCUGGUCAGAGAUGAGACAGCUGUUUAUUUGCAAAUGAGUCUGGCCAUGGACGAGAGAUCAGAUGCUCUCAUCACCUACUCUCCAUACCCCACCAGUUUGACUGACAGCUAUUACUGAGUCAUAUCGGAAUUAUCCAGGCAAUGUUUACGUAUGCUUUGAUGUUUCUGUUAUAGCUGUGUUAUUGCACAAUUGUAGACUACAUAAUUGUACAAUUAUGUCAGUCUUAUUAUUGUUUGACACAUAGGGUGUAGGCUAUAAAACAAUUAUAGAUUGUGAUAUGAUACUAUAGCCUACUAAAACAGGUAGUUUUAAUUUUUAUUUAAAAAAUGACAAACGUGGAAUAUGUCACUACAUUGUGUGUGCACUAACUACUUUACCUCUCUGCAUCAAAGCAAAUAAUUGGUCAUUAUCUUCGCAUCGGCUCUUUAUCUCCGUUUUGUUAAUCUAUGCUAUAGGCCUAUAUAAUCUGAUCGUGCAAUCAAGAUGGAACUGGAAUUGGAUAAAUUCCUGAUUUAAUUAUUCAUAUGCGAGCCACGGAAAUGUAUAGAUGGACCUAGACUAUUACCUCUAAUGUUGCUUUUAAUCCACAAUGACAUACUAUAUAGUUUAUAACGCAGAUCCAAACGAGCUAUUGCUUCUUUCAGCGCAGGAGAGUAUAUAUUUGUUUAGAAUCUAGCAUAAUUGAUCAUUUAACCCAUUUAAAAGUGUAUUGAAUUGACCUUCAUUUAGGCUACCUUAUUGAUAAAGAUAGUGAACCAUAAUGUUUAAUGCACAAAGUGAAACAAUGCAGAAUUGUGAAAUAGAAUUGGUUUAACCUAUAUAAAUAUAUGUUAGUGGUGUAUGCUCUUUAAUUUUGUAAAUCGAGGCAGAUUAAAAGAUUGUGUAAAGAUCUUGCCACUCAACCCCCCUUCGUGCAUACAUGCUGGAUUUAAUACCGGAUUACUCUAGGAAUAAAAGCAAUUUAGUAUUAUGUAUCUAAACGUUAUUAUCAUGAUUAAUAUGGCUGUUAGCAUGCUCUUAUGAAUAAGGGUAAUUAUUCUAAACCGUUUGGAUACAAGAGACGUUUAGGCCCCAAGAAAAAUAAGAUUAUUUCCUGAAUAGAGUUUACAGCCUGUUUGCUUUGAAGUGUAGUUCAUGCAAUCUACAAAACAUAUGAGCUAUAGGUCUAUGAGCUCAAUGUGGCCUUUGAGCUCUAUAAGCGAGCUUGUUCCUAUAGGCUUUCUUAUUUGGUGUUACGAUACUGUAGCUAAUAAGCACAUGACUUGGGUGAUAUGAAACACUUUUUUAAUCCUGUUAAAAAACACAAUUAGCCUCUGCUAAUUGAAAUACAGUAAACGAGCAUGAUAGAUUUAUGUUAUAGGCGAUGCAUAUAUUGUAACUGAGAAAAGGAAGCGUAUAGGAUCACAUUUGCUGAGAUUUGAGGACCCCUCUUGAGGAGGCUCACAAGAGAUCUUAAGUGGUUUAAUCGUGUGAUUUAUAAGUUAUGCAGAAAGAGAGAGAGAGAGAGAGAGAGAGAGAGAGGGAGGGAGGGAGGGAGGGAGGGGGGGAGGGGGGGGUGUAGGGGCUAUUAGACAUCGAACGUGAAUACUGCCAAGAUUGGCUCUCGUGCUAUCCUUUCAGUACCACCACUUCCACCACAGCAUAAUGCAUAAAGCACCAUCAAAACAGAAGAAGUCUUUCGUUUUUUGUGGAUGUAAAAUACAACUAUCUUUCAUUUUAGUUUUGUAAAAAGUAUUAUUAAAAAGCCAUGUACUCCAUAGUUAUCUCAUUUGAUUGUGAAGUUGAUUGGGAAAUACCUGUUAUGCCCAUGUCUGUAUAGGUAAUGCCACAUCGCAAUAGUAAAAUUAAAGAAAUUGACCUUUGCAGCAUCUCAAAAUGUCUCUCCUGUACAUUGUAUAGGCUACCGUAUCUCCUUCAUAAGUGUAUCGUAAAAUCAACCCUAUAUUUGUGCAUGCUUAGCUUAGGCCUUUUGUAUAAAUGUAGUUGAUUGAGCAGCCCUCCAGAAACUAUAAUAAAAAAUGUAAAUGUUUUACUCUUCAAAAAUGUAUCCCAAAGUAGGCUACAGUAUGAAGAUGCACAUGUAGGCCUACUGUAUUGUAAUUGUUUUGAAAUGUUGUCGUGACCUCCACAGCGCACAUUAAACAGCUUGGUAUGGGUGUGAUUAGAUUACUGAUUAGGCAGUGUGAUUUAAAUAAUUAUUUAUUUAAAACAACAAUUAGCUUGAGAUAGGCUAAUUGCAGACAUACUGUAGAUACAGUAAAAAUAUUAAACUGCUCGAGCACAAGAAACAGCACCUCCUUCCCAAUUAUUUUGUGCACAGAACAGUGCUUAUUGCAUCCGUUUUCAUGAGUUUGAGGGGUCAGUUUCAAUUUCGAUAAUCUUCAUGCCCUCACCCACUAUUCUAAUAUAUUGAAAAGGCAAUUUAGUCUACCAUGAGAAGUCGCUCUUCAUCUUGUCAUUGUUCACAUGCGCUACGGUUGCACUGACGACAACGGAGAUUGAGGGAAAUUAUUUCCGAAAUGUCAUAUUCUCAAAUGAAAAAAAUAAGAUGGCUAUAAUAAUAAUAAUAAUAAUAAUAAUAACAAUACUAUUAAUAUGUAUUAUUCUAUCACAUUAUAUAUAUAUAUAUAUAUAUAUAUAUAUAUAUAUAUAUAUAUAUGUGUGUGUGUGUGUGUGUGUUAUAAAUAUAAAAAUAACUCUGGUUAUUUGCUUUUGCAAAGCCUAAUCUUAUAUCACAUCAAUAGUGACACUAUGCUGGUGUUAAGAUGUUGAUGGUAAUGAUGGUGUAUUGUUUUUAACACUAUUAGGCCUAGGCUACUGCUCCUCCUUAUAGGUCCGUUUUUUUCUUCAUGUUAUUUAUUACUAUUACUAUUUAAUACUAGUUGGUUUCGAAUCAGUGGGCUUAUCCAAUCAAAUCCACUUCAAGGCUAAAUAUUGUGGCACUGGCACAGGCCUUUGAUAAAUCUAAGUCGAAUGAGUGGCAUGCUGACACAAUUUACUCUAUUUGUUUUCAUCGAGGGUCACAAUGAUGAGGAAUUAGGCUACAUGACCGAUUUUGUUUAACAUCAUUUUACCCGGCUCUAAUCUUAUAAACCUGCCAGGGCAAUGCUCACCUGUCUUCUUGCACUAUUCCAGCACCAAUAUUUUCUCUUAACGCAUGGUGUGUGCUCUCUCGCUCUCUCCCCCCAGAAAUCCCCCAGUGUGCGGGCUGUAGUCAACACAUCCUCGACAAGUUCAUCCUGAAGGUGCUGGACCGCCACUGGCACUCCAAGUGCCUCAAGUGUGCUGACUGUCAAGCGUUGCUGGCAGACAAGUGUUUCUCGCGGGCGGGAAAUGUGUACUGCAAAGAGGAUUUCUUCAAGUGAGUUCCACUUCUUCAUCUUAAAACAUUCACCUAUCUUGUUUAAAUGGGAAUUUGGAGAAUUUGAUUGUAGCAAGCUAAGUGACAUUAUAUGUACAAGUGAUUUACUUUAAUUGUGAGCUCAAAAAUGCCAAUAAGAUUGCACUGGGUUUGACUUGUAAAAUCUGUGACAUGAUCAGAGUGGUCUGUGUUGCGUGUUGCUUUGGUCUGAGGAAAGAUUUGGUGACCACAUUACUCAUGGACUAGGUUUGACUUCACUUGAUCAUACAGGACUAGUGCCAGUGAGGAUUUUCCUCUUUGCAUAGUUUACUAUCAUAAUAUAAUGAUUUGAGAUAAUGGAUGUGUUAUAAAACAGGCUUGUGUCAAUAUUUAGUGACAGGAACAACACAAUGAGGUUAAUCAAGCUGAACAUCCUACAACAUCCUCCUGUUUUUUUGUCCAUGUUGAAUACUUAUGUUGGAUAAGACAGAACACAUAACACUCAAACUUUCAACUCCAAAGACACUCUAUAAACAAAUUCAAUUUAUUACUGCUCUACCAGCCUUAGCUGGACACACAAAACAGCAACUUUGAAUUUCUUCUCAUCCCUCUUUCUCUCCCAUUUGCUUCUAUCUUUUUACGAUUGAAUUUCUGAGGCAUUAAAGAAGAAAAUUAAGUUAGACUUUUAUCCAAAACAGGAUCAGUACUGGCUUUUACUAAAUCAUGUUUGAGAGGUUUUAAUGUCAGAAGCUUCAAUGAGACCUAAAAAGCUUGCGAGUCAGAGAGUGGAGGCUAACUUUAUUAGGCGGCCCUGGGGACAAUAGGGGGGAUUUCUGAUGUUAAAACUGCAGCGAUGCUGUGUGUGCACUAUGGGGAUGCUACCGGAGACAGGGAGAGGAGUAGAGAUGAUGGGGCUUGGGCCUGGGCUGGAAACUGGAGUAUAGUGCUGGAUUUCCCAGCCGUGAUGAUGAAACUUCUCCUUGGUCUAAAGGAAGGAUUUAUUUCUCUGUAUAGGCUUUGUGAUUUACAGCCCCUCCUGAGUCAGUGCUUUAUUGGUUCUCUUCAGCCUGUUUACUGUGCAGGGCUCUCUCUACUGGUUCUUAUAGCCUCCACUACCACUACAUUGAUCCAGGCCAUUCGUCAAGCUGAGGACAAGCCCACCACCAACACAAAUACAUUCCACCACUGAUGCUUUGCCCCUCUACAACUAACACAAGUAGUGAUACAGAUACUAUUAUUACAGGUGGAAGUGGCAGUUAAAACUAUGCAUGCUACGUUAUAACUAUGUUAUAAGGCCAUGUUAUCUUCAGCCUCUGAACAGUGGAGAUGCAUCCACCUGUUCUGUGUGGGGUUUGUAUAUCUGAUGGCAGGUGUGUAUGUGUGUGUGUGUACUUUCAGGCGGUUUGGAACAAAGUGUGCGUCGUGCCAACAGGGGAUCCCUCCGACCCAGGUGGUGCGGAAGGCCCAGGACUUUGUGUACCACCUGCACUGCUUCGCCUGCGUCAUGUGCAGCCGGCAGCUGGCCACUGGGGAUGAGUUCUACCUCAUGGAGGAUGGCAGGCUGGUGUGCAAGGAGGACUACGAAACAGCCAAACAGAAUGGUAGGUUUCUGACUGGGCCAUCCUACUAGUCCUAUGGCCAAUUGGCCAUCAAACACCCUCCAAAUAUUUGGAGUGAAUAAUUCAGUCUUAUCUCCCUGGUUGAUAAACUGUCAUAUUCAGAACCUCUUCAAGGAAUAGACUUGACAUUAACUAUCUAGAGCUGGUGUGAUGCUCUGAGUGAUGGGUCCAGCAGAGUCCAGCAGUGGAGCUGUGGAGAGAGGUGCAGGAAUUAGCAGCCCAUUCAAAAGCAUUCAGACAGGGAGUUCAGCAGACAGCAAGGUGCAAUUAACUCCUGUAUGUACAAGAAUACUGAAGCAUUGAGGAAUCACAAGAGACAGGGGGAUAGUGAAGCGACAGAAUCAUCAUAAACCUAGCCGGAUGGGGUUCCAGUGUCUCUCAGUGUCUCUCAGUGUCCUGCUUGGGCAUUCAAUCUCCAGUUGCUGUGACCUUUUAUGGAUCUGAUUCUGAAAGCUCUGCCUGUGUAUUUAUGGAGAUUUCCAUGGCCCACUGAUUGAUUAUGUUAAGUGAUGCGAUGUACUUUUACAGUGGGUCCACAAUAACUCCCUUCUUCUGGCAUUCCCUGGGGAGAUUUAUGUCCCCUACAGCUAGAGUGGGACAGUUUCAGAAGGGUAUUGACUUACGAUACAGUCCAUCCAAGCAAGUUCUUCACAUGUAUUUUCUAGUUGAUACAUAGUAAAACCUAUAUGAUGUUUUCAAAAGUGAAAAUCCACAAGUUGAUUUCAAUCAAAAAAUUUUGCAAAUAUUGCAAACAAUAUACUUCCAGAAAAUCUUCUAGAAUCCUUGUAUGUCUUUCUCAGAUGAUUCAGAGGCAGGGGCAAAGCGACCACGGACCACCAUCACAGCCAAACAGCUGGAGACCCUUAAAAUCGCCUACAAGAACUCUCCCAAGCCAGCACGCCACGUCCGCGAGCAGCUCUCCUCAGAGACGGGGCUGGACAUGAGAGUAGUGCAGGUGUGUGCCUCAACAGGAUCUCUAAUACCAAGCUGAGCAGUUGUCUAGUUGGACUAGCUUAAGAUAACAUCCUAGUGAUAAUAUGUAGAUAUAUACAUGAAUUAGAAGUCAAACGUCUCUACUCCCACAAUGGCAGGUGUGGUUCCAAAAUCGUCGUGCAAAAGAGAAGCGUCUGAAGAAGGAUGCAGGACGGCACCGUUGGGGUCAGUUCUACAAAAGCGUCAAACGUAACCGAGGGGGCAACAAAGCAGAGAAGGAGAGUUCAGCAGACGAUGCGGGACUGAGUGACAGUGAGCUCAGCUUCAGAGGUCAGUAUGGCUAACCCAACCCCAAACCUCCACUUCACAUCUCUCUCUCUUCCUCAACUCCUCCUCCUAUUCCUGUCUUUCUCCAAAAUGGAGCCCACAUGAAAAGAGAAGCUUCGGCUGUGCAAAUUACAUUUUAGACAUCCCCAUGUUUUUAUGGAUGUUUGAUGUUUGUGAGCCUGUUUUGGGGACUCAUAAAAGUCUCAAGCCACUUUUAAAAGGAGGCCAUUUUAACGAGAAAUGAAAGCCCCGUAGCAGAAACUCUAUAAAGGAGGUGAAGCUUUUAGUCAAUUAGAAGGAAAGUGCUCUGGGGCAUUGUUGUUAUUGAAACAGCACUGGAGGGACUGCCGGAGACAAAUAUUUUGUAUUGCACGCACAGACCCCCUUUGUUUGAGCUUAAGGUAAAUCACGACUCUUUCAGCCUCUUACUAAGCGCUGGGGGAACACUAUGAAGCACUACACACCCAUGCCAUUUACCUAGAUGAAAUCCAGAUUAUGUUGCCUCAAUAAAAUGGUUUCAUAACGGCACUUCAUUCUAUUUAAAGAUAAAAGCUGUAUAAUGUUGAUAUAGUUGAUGACAGCACCAUAGAAGUGUUAAAACCCUCUCUCCCUUCUCUCUCCAGAUGACCAGAUCCUGUCAGACUUGGGCCACACCAACAGCCUGUAUGGGAGUGUGGGCGACGGGGGAGGGUUGAACGGAGGCUUCUCUCUAGACGCUGCUGGACAGCCCUAUCAUGACAUUCGGGCUGGCAGUCCCUACGGCCUCCCCCAGUCACCCUCGUCCAUUGCCUCGCUGCCCGGCCACACCCCGCUGCUCAACAACCUGGGCUUCACCAUGGACAGCGUCAUGGCCCAGGGGGGGCAGGGUGGCGUGGGGCAGGCUCUCAGGGCCAUGGCAGGAGGCCCCACCUCUGACCUCUCCACGGGAAGCAGCACGGGCUACCCAGACUUCCCCACCAGCCCUGCCUCAUGGCUGGACGAGAUGGACCACUCCCAGUUCUGA